AUGCACACCAAAUACCUAACCUCGAUAAAAACAACCUUCUCCCCCUUCAACGCCCGCUCGGGAAAAACCAUCCGCAACUUCCUCGCCCUCCUGCCGCCCAACGCGCGCUCGACAAUGGCCAUCGACAUAAAAAUGCUGCCGAAAGCCCAGGCGCGGGAACCCGCUGUGCUGGAGCUCAAGUUCAAGGACGGCAAGGAGAUGAAUUUGAAUUUGGAGAAGAUGAAGAUAAGGGAUAUACAGGUUGAGGUGGAUCGGCAUUCGAGAGGGUUGAGAAGGGCGGAUGAUUUGUCGGGGAAUUAA